AUGGCCACCGCAGAGAAAACAAAAGAACAGCAACAACAGCCCAACCUCCAGGAAGAGGAUUACUCGGAUGACUACUCAGACGACUACUCCGAUGAAGACUACGAAACCGACGACUACGAGGUCUCCGGCGAUGAAGCCGAGGACCCCAAGGCUCAGCAGAAACGUCGCCAGCGCCAACGACUAAGCAGACAACAAGACGCCGUAGAAGAAGCCGAUGACGACGACGAGUUCUCCGACGACGAGGAUUUCUACUCGGAUGAAUACGACGACGAAGACGACUACGAUGACCAAGUCGCCUCGGGCAAGGCCAUGCAGCCGUACCAACCCGCCGGCGGCGACCAGUCCAUCACCCAGAACGGGUCGAUGAACGUGUUACCGCAGCAGAAGCAGGGGUCGAGUCUGGACGACGAGGAGGGCAUGAAGCUCAAGUUGGAGCUGAAUCUCGAGAUCGAGGUCGAGCUCAAGGCUCAUAUCCACGGUGAUCUGACGCUGGCUUUGAUGUAUGUCUGCCCCGUCCAUUGA